CAAUGAGUUUGUUUACAUAGAGGUUAAUUGGAGCAUGCCACUUCCUCUCUUUAAAACAAUUUUAAUAAAGCCUGCCUUGCUAGUCCAAAGACAGUUGCAUAAUAGGCUCGUACUGGUAGAUAUAAUCAUUCGGAGACACAGGUCCGUCUUAUAACAAGAGGGAUUAUUUCUUUCAACUGAGUACUGUUUCCUUUACUAGUUAACCUGAUGACCAUUAUGUCUAGAGCACCGGAUCAUAUCAAGCGACCAAUGAACGCCUUCAUGGUGUGGUCGAAAGAGAGACGCAAGGAGCUAGCCCAGGAGAACCCUCGGAUGCACAACUCUGAGCUGAGCAAAAAGCUGGGCGCCGAGUGGAAAGCACUCUCUGACACCAGCAAGCAUCGUUACAUAGAGGAGGCAAAGAAGAUCCGCGAGCAACACAUGGCGGAGUUCCCGCACUACAGAUACAGGCCGAGGAGGAAGCCUAAAAACCCAUUCAAGGCUGGAGGAGGUGGUGGAAGUGGAAGGAUGAGUGUUGCAAGCACACCUUACUCUCUAUCUAGCCUCUCUCCUGGCUCAACUGGUAGCACCAGCUCAAACUGCAGUAGCUCCACCAACACUGCAUCUGAUGCUGCAGGCUUUGUAGGACCACACCAGGUUCAAAUACUCCCCCAGCAAGUUGUUACUAGUCAUGGUCUACAUCACUCACCAAUUGCAACUACAACCAAUUUCAUUCAAAGCCUCCAGCCAGCAGCUUCGAUUGCUGGAGGAGGAACGACGUACCUCAUUCAGAGACAACCCCUACUUCCAGCUGGUACACAGAUCAUUCAAACUGCAACACCAAUCAUACAGCUAGCUCAUCCUAGCCAUCUGACCUCUUCGCCUCAUCAGCUCGUACCUUUAAUACAAGCAGCAAGUGGGACGCAUGCUGGAAUGCAUCCGACUGAUGGGGCCAAGCAAGGCGGGCAGACGAUCCUCAUUAAAAUGGAUGCAGGCACACCACACCAAGUGAUAUCGCCAAGUUACAUAACAGCAGCAGCGGCGGCAGGUAAUAGACCCAGCGAGCAGCACUGUGAAGUGGUGGAGUAUUCUCACCAUAAGCAAGAUAUCAUUGACCAGGAUGAGUCCUCCUCCAGCUCUCUCUCUGCACAAUCUACGCCCACGUCUAAAACAACUCCUGUCAUAGUCUCUGAGAUAAAGAGUCACUCUACACCUCAAGUCAACUCCCCUUCUUCCUCGCUUCUCCCUCCGUUACUCAUACCAGGUGGACAAGCUGGAGUCAACGUUCUCAUGCAGCACGCUGGAGGAGCACAGGCUCUACAAGGACAGCAGCCUGGAGUGGUGACUGUGGGAACCGGAGGAUCACCACACCACCACAUUGGUGCACUGAGAUCUGCUGAAAGUAUGCCAGAACUUAGUUCUGUUCACCAUCAACAUCCUACUCAGUCCCCUACAGGGUAUAUCCAGACUUAUCCAGCAUGCCACUGUGUCUCGUGCCAGUUGUGGACCAGGCAAGCCCGGGGUCAAAUUAUACAGGGUCAAGAUAGAAGCACAGCUACAGGAGGAGGAAGCAGUAAGGACGCACAGCACUCACAACAAACCAUUCUUGUUCUUCCAGCUCCUCCUCCUAUUUCUACUCCCUCUAGAGCCCUCUCUUCUUCUUCUUCCUCCUCCUCUUCUUAAAUAGAUUCAGCAGAUGACUCUCUCUAUCAUUGCUAUACUUUUGAGACUAUACAAACUCCAAAGAAUUAUAAUUAUUUCCUCUUUAUUUUUUUCUUGUGUUCACACUAUUUAACAAUAAGUAUUAUUUACCCCAUGUAUAUGUAUAUACAAAUAUAUAUCUGCUUUUACACACACUGUAGGCAGAGACCGUGUGUCAUCUUAUUAUUAGCAUCUCUUUAUUGCAUUUUUCCACCUAUCCAGCCAGGUCAUCCAUUAUAUCACUGUUAAUAAUAAUAAUAAUAAUAUCAAAUCACUGUUAAUUAUCACAAUAAAUAAUUUUUGUUGUUGUAUCAUAUAAUGCUGGAACUGUUUAUUUUCCACCUACAUGCAUUUCUACAUGCAUACAUUUACAUCACAAAGUUCUUAAUAAUCUUUUAUAGUCA